CAGAACAUACACGUCGUAAACGUCACCAAAAACGUAGUCGAAAACAAAUUAUUGACAAAUUUCGUAUUAUUAAAAUGUUUAAUUAAACGUACACAUUUGGCGCGUGUAUGUGUGUAUGAGCGUGUAUGUGAGCUUUGCUGGGUCUAAGUGGCAGUAAAACAUAUGUAUGUACAUAUGUGAGAAAAGAACUGCAGCAGCGGGGUUUUCAACAAUUUGUUCGUUGCGUGCCAAAUUCUAAAAGGUGGAAGCCAAUAAGGUGCAAUUAUUGAAUCUGGACACAAUGUCACUGCCAGGCAACGGUAUUUAUGUGGUGCGCGGUGAAAUGGCCACACUCAUGACAGCCAUGAGACGUGGUACGCGUUGGAAUGCAACAACCUACGUGGAUGAUGAAAAGGACGCCUUGCUGAAACUGUUCAUCGAUCUGAAGCAGGUGCUGAACCGCAUUGAGGAUUUACGUUUGAUUGAACCGAAUGUGUUUUUGGCCCCCUUUUUGGAGGUAAUUCGCACAGCGGAGACUACAGGACCAUUAACGAGUCUCGCUUUAGCCUCGGUCACCAAAUUCUUGUCAUAUGGCCUGAUUGAUCCCACAACACCAAAUCUGGCUGUGAUUGUAGAGAAGAUUGCGUAUGCUGUCACGCAUGCCCGCUUUAUGGGCACUGAUCAGUCCUCGGAUAGUGUGACAUUUAUGCGUUUCAUCGAAGUAUUACAUGCUCUGAUCCGUAGUCCAGAGGGAGUCGCCGUUAGCAAUGAGUCAAUGUGUGAGGUGAUGCUCAGCUGUUUUAAAAUCUGCUUUGAGCCGCGCCUUAGCGAAUUGCUACGCCGCUCCGCAGAGCAAUCACUGAAAGACAUGGUGUUGCUGUUCUUCAUGCGCCUACCACAGUUUACGGAAGACUGCGGCGACACUGUACUGCAGAAGCGCUUUACUAUUUAUGAAGCCGCUGGUGCAUCCACAGAGAAAAAUAAGUCCAAGACACAGUCGGCUUUAGCUGUGCAACGCAAGUCAUCUACAACCGAGGAGCCGCCCCAAACGCCGCAGAGCACGCUAGUGGUGCCCACUCAUUUGAAGGCGCCCAUACUUGCUACGACUCCUGCUUCUCCAGUAGGCAAUAUUCUUGAUAUGCAGGGCAAGAUCGCGCAAACUCCCACCACAACAACAGCUGUUAACCAUGCUGGCGAUCCUGGUAAUGUAAGCAAUGCUCAAAUAGAUGUGCCAUCAAUACAGGUGGACAUCACAAAACCUGAGGAGCCAACUGAUGGCGAAGAGGAGCCUACACUGGGCACGACUACCGCACUAAUUGAUGCCAACAGCAGCGAAUACAUCAAUUCGGUAGGCGUGCGAUUUACCCAGCAAUCGUCUACGCAGAAUACAGCCGAUUUGUCAGCAACACUCACGCCGUAUGGGCUACCCUUUAUUCAGGAACUGUUCCGGUUUCUUAUCAUACUAUGCAAUCCGCUGGAUAAACAAAACUCGGACAGCAUGAUGCAUACUGGUCUGAGUCUGCUUACCGUUGCCUUUGAGGUGGCUGCCGAUAACAUUGGAAAAUAUGAGGCACUGUUAGACCUGGUCAAAGAUGAUUUGUGUAGAAACCUAAUAUCGCUCCUUAGCUCAGAGCGCCUCAGCAUCUUUGCUGCUGAUUUGCAACUUUGCUUUUUACUUUUUGAAUCGCUGCGCGGACACCUAAAGUUUCAGCUGGAGUGCUAUCUUAAGAAAUUAAGCGAAAUUAUAGCGAGUGAUAAUCCGAAAACUCCUUACGAGAUGCGCGAACUGGCGCUAGACAAUCUGUUACAGCUGUGGCGUAUUCCCGGCUUUGUCACCGAACUCUACAUCAAUUACGACUGCGAUCUGUACUGUACGGACAUGUUCGAGAGUCUUACUAAUAUGCUGAGCAAGUACACGCUCUCGGCCACUAAUGCAGUCUACAGCACGCACAUCAUCUCCAUGGAUACCCUGAUCAGUGUCAUCGAUUGCAUCGAAUAUAAUUGUGCUGCUGCGAAAAGCAACAACAGCGCUAACAACGCUCUUGCGCAGACUCCUACGACAGGUGUUGUUGGCAGCCGUCAUUCGCGUCAUAACAGCGGUCUUGAGGGCAUAGUAAUUGACAAUGGAGAGGAGCAUGUAGAAAACAUAGCGAGCUUUAUCAACAAUAGCUCACACCGUUUACGACUACAAUCAGGAGGCGAGGGUGGCAAUAUUACAAGUGAACAGCUGGCCAGCGUUAAGGAAAAGAAGCGUCUAUUGUCCAAGGGAACGGAGUGGUUUAAUCAGCGACCCGACAAAGGCAUUCAGUACCUGCAAGAGCAUGGCAUUCUAAAUGCUAAGCUUGAUCCCAUGCAAGUAGCACUUUUCCUGCGCGAGAAUCCAGGGCUGGACAAGAAAAUGAUUGGGGAAUACAUCUCCAAAAAGAAAAACGUGGACUCUAAAAUUCUUAUCAAUUUUGUGGACUCUUUUGACUUCACUGGGCUUCGCGUUGAUCAAGCUCUGCGUCUCUACUUGGAGACUUUCCGCUUACCUGGUGAGGCUCCGUUGAUAUUCCUCGUCUUGGAGCACUUUUCAGAUCAUUGGCAUAAUCAAAACAAGGAGCCCUUUGCCAAUACAGAUGCCGCCUUCCGUUUGGCCUAUGCCAUCAUCAUGCUAAACAUGGAUCAGCACAAUUCAAAUGCUAAGCGUCUUAAUGUACCUAUGACCCUAGAGGACUUUACAAAGAAUUUACGAGGCUUAAAUGGUGGACAGGAUUUUGAUCAGGAAAUGCUAGCGCAGAUCUUUAAUGGCAUCAAAAACGAAGAGAUUGUUAUGCCGGCCGAGCAGACUGGUCUCGUCCGAGAAAAUUAUUUGUGGAAGAUGUUGUUGCGUCGUGGCGCUACCCACGACGGUUACUUUCACUACGUAAACGAUGCUGCCUACGAUGUACAAAUCUUCAAUAUUGUAUGGGGCGCCUCACUAAGUGCCCUCAGCUUUAUGUUUGACAAGAGCACCGAGACGGGCUAUCAGCGAACACUAGCAGGAUUUAGUAAAUCGGCAGCUAUAUCGGCCCAUUAUAAUCUACAUGCGGACUUUGAUGCGCUUAUAUUGACCCUGUGCAAAUUCACAACUUUGUUGAGCAGCGUAGAGCAACAUGAGCCAGUGCCAGCCAACAAUGAAAUCCAACUGGCAGUUAAUUUUGGUCUAAAUGCUAAGGCGCAAGCGGCAAUGCGAACUGUGUUUCUCCUAGUACACGGCUAUGGUGACAGUCUGCGCGACAGCUGGAAGCACAUUUUGGAUCUGUUUCUUCAGCUGUUUCGUCUAAAACUUCUACCCAAAACGCUUAUCGAAGUAGAGGAUUUCUGCGAGCCUAAUGGUAAGGCUAUGUUGAUAUUGGAGAAACCCCGAGAGAAGCAGGAGUCGGGUCUGUUCUCCAGCCUCUACUCUUUUAUCAGCUCUGAAGGCCAGCGUGAGCCAACCUAUGAAGAGCAGGACUUUAUUAAACAUGGCCGGAAGUGCAUUAAGGAGUGUCAGCUAGAGCAAAUGCUGCAGGAGUCAAAAUUUGUGCAGCUGGAGUCGUUAAAGGAGCUUCUUAGAUGCGUACUGUCUCUAUUGAAGGUACCAGAAACACAUAAAUCCUCUGCUCAGCCCUAUGCAGAAGAUAUAACCGUAUUUUGGAUGGAGUUUCUUGUAAAAAUUGUGGUUCAUAAUCGGGAUCGCAUGAUUCCUCUGUGGCCAGCUGUGCGUGAUCAAAUGUUCCAUCUACUGCAUGCCAGUGCUCAGAACGGCUAUGAUUAUUUACUUAAUCGUUGCAUUGUGGCUGUGCUGAAGCUAGCCAUCUAUCUGAUGCGCAAUGAGGAGCUGUGCCCCGUUGUGCUGCAGUCGCUCAAGAAGCUGUUAUCACUGCAGCCGGCACUGCUAUUGCGGAUCUCGAAGCAAAUUUCAAUUGGCAUCUACGAGCUGCUUAAGACCUCUGCCCAAAACAUUCAUUCAGAGCAAGACUGGCAGAUUAUUUUUAAUUUGUUGGAGUGUGUCGGCGCUGGAGCUGUUCCGCCUAACUUUGAAGUUGGACUGCAAUUACCACUUCCGCCCAAUGGAAACGUCACAUCAGAUGGCGCGUUAAGUAGCGAAGACGAUGUAGCUGCGUCUCUCGAGCGCGGAUAUACAUCUGACUCGGAAUUGAGUAAAUCGGCGAGUGCAGCACCCCCCACGUCAAGUCCCAGCACUGAGAACUGGAUACUGGUUGGCAAGGAUAGCGAGUUGACCACAGCAUCUCGGCCGCAGUCGCCACCCAGUUCCGUCGCACCUGUAAGCACACUGAUGUUUAACUGCCAGCUACUAGACCAUGCGCCCUUUGCGCUGUUUAAGUGCUGGGAUUCUCUUGCUUUCAUCGUGCGCAGUGUGGCUCACAUCACGCCAUACAACUUUGAGGCUUGUGUGCGUUGCAUUCGGAUCUUUGUGGAAGCGUGCAGAGAUGGUGGCAUACACCAGCGUCGAAAAUUUGAAGUCAAUGUCAAAAAACGUAACUUAAAAAAGCGGCAGGAAAGCAGACGUGAACCAGGUGUUGUUAAGUCUACGUCCACUGGUAACCUAAAUUCGAUGGUUGGCGAUAUCGGCGAAAAUCAUCCUCCAAAUGCUGCGGAACAGGAAGAUUUGGCACAGCGCUACGAACAGUUGUCGAUUCAGUUACUGGACCUCAUGUACACAUUGUACACGCGCACCGCACAGAUCUUUCGCUGGUGGGCUGAAGAGGGUUGCACGGUGCCACAAUCGGCGGCGCUGUGGACGUCCGGUUGGUGUCCGCUGCUGCAGGGUAUCGCAAGGCUUGCCAUGGAUCGCCGGCGUGAGGUGCGCACGCAUGCAAUAUCCUGUCUCCAGCAACGUGCGUUGUUGGUGCAUGAUUUACAGACGCUGUCGGGCGCUGAAUGGUGCUCCUGCUUCCAGCAUGUCCUGUUCCCGCUACUGAAUGAACUAUUGCCGGACAGCGUUGCUAACAGUCAGCUGGAAGGCUCUCUGUUGGAGGAGUCACGCAUACGCACCGCCACUAUUAUGUCCAAAAUGUUUUUACAGCACCUGACGACGCUUAUUGAGUUAGGAGCAACCUUCAACGAGCUGUGGCUCGACAUAUUGGACUACAUUGAAAGAUUCAUGAAGGUGGGCUCUGACACGCUCUCAGAACAGAUGCAGGAGAUUCUUAAAAACAUGCUACUGGUGAUGCACUCUGUGCGCGUGUUUCAUAAUCAGGACGGUACACUUCAGCAAGCUUUAUGGGAUCUUACAUGGCGGCGCAUUGGCGAGUUUCUGCCAAAUCUGAAAACGGAGCUGUUUCACGAUGAAGGCAAAAGAGCCCAAACAUUGACAAACACUGCAACCGAUCAACAGAUGUUGUCUGCGGCCGUUCUGCCUAGCCAAGUACAGCAGCACACGGAGCCGAGUUUCAAUACUGUUGCCGAUAUUGCUGCUCUUGUGCCUGGUGUUGUUGCCACACCCUCGUUGGUCUCACCUGUUGAAUCGCCACGACGCAGCAUCAUUCUUCAGCCGCCACCGACGGAGGCACUGCAACAAGCGCCCAGCUUUACAUUUGCUCAGCCGAUAUUGGUUCCUCCGCAACAGCCUGCAGAACUGGAGUCUCUCAUUAACAAUAACACAUUACUGCCCGAUCUGAUCAAUGAGGCAGCUGCAGCGGCUGGAGCUCACACCAAUACGUACACAACACCCGUUUACAGUGCGGAAGUGCCCAUUUCUACGCCCAUCGUCAGCAGUAAUAGCUACGCUAUUGAGCUGCCAGCUACGCCGCCAAAUUCAGUCGAGCAUCAGCAGGCCCUGCAUCAGCAAUUCCAAUAUCAGCAGUACCAGACGCAGCAGACACAUACACAUACACCAAGUAAUGUACCCCUUAGCCAUCUCUUGGCUUCUAAUGCAUAUCCAUCGCUGCCCAAGAUGCCGAACGCAUCCAUUGUGCACAGCUUCGCACCAGUCUACGAGGCGCCAGAAGUACAUACUGGCAAUGCUUCUGACAUUUAUGAGGAAUACGUGCAGAACCCCUAUAAUAUAACUUUACAGCAGGCGCCGCAGGAUCAACAACCACAGCAACAGUCUGCUGAGAGUGUAUUUCCAGCUGUUGCCACGCCCGCAAACUACUUUAAUGCCAAUGUCGAUCCCAGCACCAUACCGCCCGGCUCUGAACUGCUCUAUGGGCAGCAAUGAGCAGCCAAUGUGAAGAUAGCUUUUAAAGCUUUUGUUUCAGAUGGAAAAUCCCGUAUUUGUUUUCAGUAAUUUUAGGCGUUUUAUUUUGUGUAUUUUUUGAAAAGAAAACUUGCAGUUAUAUAAAACUUCUUGUAAUACAA